AUGGACACGGUCGCGGCCUUCUCUGACUCGGCGCAGGACGAGGAGCUGGUCGCGGCCUCCUUCGAAGCGGUGGCAGCGGCGGAGGCGCAGCCGCAGCUGCAGCCGCAGCUGCAGCACGACGGCGGCGAGGCGCUGGCGGUGGAGAUGGAGGUGGAGUGGGUCAGGGCUGAGCCGCUGCUGGGCGGAGAGGAGGGGGAUGAGGCGGCGGAUGAUGUGGCGGUGGCGGUUGAGUGCGAGCUGCUCAGCUCCUCCUCCGAGCCGGAGGCGGAGGAGUGGACCUGCGGAGAAAGGCCGCGCAAGCGGACAAAGGUCCGGGGCAGGGCGCGGCGCGGCAGCCACGUCGCCGUUGCGUUCUCCGUCAGCAAUGACGGGCGGGUGGGCGUGCGCUUGCGCGUGGGCCCGCCUCCGAGCCGCUCCGGGGCCGGCUCGGACGCGUGGCUGGCGAGGCGCGCCAAGGACCGGGCUCUCCUCCCUCCCGGUUGGACGGUGGAGGAGCGGCACGCGGCGGCGAGGUCAUACCGCGUCUUCUUUGGACCAAACGGAGAGUACGCGGAGUCGCUUCCGCAGGCGUGGCGCGGUGGCCGCGCGAACCGCAAGGCCCGCCCCGCCGCCGCCGCCGCCACCACCUCUCGCCUCCCUGCCCGCGGCGGCGGCGGCGGCGGCGAGGAUGGCCCGCGCGACCGUCUGCUCGAACGGCUGGACGAUCUCACCCCGCCCCGAGGAGACGCCGCCCAGCAGCUCGCGCGGCCGCGCCGGCCAAGCGCAAUCAAGCCGCGGUUCAUGCGGCUGCUGGGCGCGGCGGUGGAGGCCGGUGGCGGGAGUCGUAAUGGUGAGGACGCCGCGGCGGCGACUACUCACGUUGCCGCGGCGCCGGAGGCGGUGGGCAGCGAGGCGGUGGGCAGCGAGGCGGUGAGCAGCGAGAUGGUGAGUAGCGAGGUGGAGGACGCGGACUAG